AGAAUCUACACACUUCUUCAAGCAAUCAAUUCAACAAAAUGACAAGACCAUGGGGAAACUACUACAGAUGGAUAAUCGUAGGUGUCGGAUUCCUAUGUCUGACUUCCAUUUGCUCCAACUUCAUCGUAAUCAACUUCACCUUCAUCUGCAUGAAAAAUGAUAUGUCGGAUGCCGUGACAGAUAGUAAUGGAACGCUCCGAUCAAUCUACGACUACAAUGGAAGCGAGAAGAAGUGGAUCUUAUGGGCGGUCGCAUUGGGUACCAUGCUUGGAACCGUACCCAUUAACAUGCUCUACGUCAAAUACGGUGCCCGACUCCCUUUCUUCAUCGCCGGUCUCACAUCGAUCAUCUCAACUGCUUUAAUCCCCUGGGCUGCAGGCUUUAACUACUGGAUACUGAUCCUUCUCAGAUUUUGCCAGGGACUCGCGUAUUCUGCGGAUUUUGCCGCUAUCGGACUUAUCACUGUUAGAUGGGCACCACUUACCGAGACUGCUACCUUCAUUGCCGUCAUGACAUCCUUUACGGGAAUCUCAUCAGUUGCCACAAACUCUGUGACCGGUGUGAUUUGCGAGAGCUCUUACGGAUGGAAGUAUUCCUAUUACCUUCACGCUAUCGUCGGAUUGUUACUUUUUGUCCUCUGGUACAUUGUCUACAUUGAUCAUCCACAAGACACCAAGAGAGUCUCCUGCAAAGAAUUGACCAAGAUCGAGAAAUCCAAGUCUGCAGCUCACUUGGACAAGAGUACCGAUGUUCCAUACAGAAAACUCCUUACCAGCCCAGUCAUCUGGUGUGUCUGGCUCAACGCCUUCUUCGAGAUGUCCGCUGUGAUCGUCUGCUCAACUUACAUGCCAAUCUACUUCCACGAGGUGCUCAAGUUCGGAGUCACCGAGACCGGCUUCUGGGUGGCUCUAGUGCUCUUCAUCUGGCUUCCAGUUCGAUGGGUGGCCGCCGUACUCAGUGACAAGAUCCGCUGCAUCGGAGAGCUGCCGAAGAUUCUGAUCUUCAACACAAUCGCAGUUGGAGGUACCGGAGCAUUCUUCGCCGUCAUUGGGUUCAUCCCAGCCGAGAACAAGUAUUGGUCCGUUGCCGCGUUUACCAUGACUAUGUGCUGUGUGGGUGUCAACUCUGGCGGAUUCUACAAAUGUGGUGUUCUUCAUGCUCGCCAAUACGCCCACGUGGUCAUCGCCGCAAUUCAAUGGACCAAGUGUGUGGCGCUGUUCUCCGCCCCUGCGAUGGUUGCUCUCUUCGUCACCACCGAAUCGGUCCGUACCCAGUGGAUCGGUGUCUUCCUGGUUUUCGGUGGCCUCAUGCAGAUCACCAACUUGCUCUCCUACUGCAUUUUCACCGACAAGCCCGCCGAAUGGACCAACAGCGAAGAGAAGCCCGUGUCCAAGGCGUGAGGUGUUCUAUCUCUGUGAUGACCUGAUUGUAUUGUACCUGAAAAUCGGAGUGUGAUCAUGGUCACAUAUACAAAAAUUAUGUAAAUACCCCUUAGCACCUUUGACACGUUAUUUUGUAAAGAUUUACAUAUAAAUAUAGUUCUUCCCCCGUUGCCCUCACGUGUACACUUUCUCCUCUCUCUCCUCCUCCCGCUGAAACAAAUGCAUUAAACGGUUGUACUUAUGACUACUUUUUAGUUUUUGAGCCACUUUUGUGACUUGAAAAAUCAAUAAAUUUCACAUUUUUACUUUUUAUUAACA